AUACUCUCUCCCUUCAUUUGCUUUAUGAGCUUCGCUUCAUAAAAAAAAACCUCCAAAAACCCUAAAAACCAGAGAGAGACAGAUCUCAAAAAGCAAGAAACCCUAAAAAGCCUCCGAAUCAUCAUGCCUAUCACGCCCAUGGCUCCGGCGCCUCACCCUCGCGAUGGGUAUUACACUAUGAACAAUCCGUACCAAGCGAACGGACCAAAAGGGUUUACUGAGUUCAAGUAUCUGGAAGAGACCCAUGAUCUGUUCGUGAGGCUUGAUUUCCCAGGAGUCAAGAAAGAGAGUGUGAUUACCCUUCUCCAACCAUCCAAAAAAGCUGUUACUGUGACCGGAGACGCACCUAAAGAGAGCAAACACGAUGCUUCUCACCGCAAGUAUGGAACCUCCUUGGGACUACUCUGUGACUGCUGUGAAAUCAGUAACAACAUUCAGAGCUUUGUUGAUGAUGGUGUUGUUAGACUCAUCCUCUCCAAGAAGAAGAUCUAUCUUCAUGCUCCUACUUUCUGUUCUUUUGGAGGUGCAAGAAUGCCUACCGAUGAUGAUGCUCCUGCUAACAUCAUUCGUGGUUAUAACCCACAAGUCGCAGAUGGCAAUCCUUAUGUGAAUCUUGGAGCUCAUCUUCGUGGACUUAUCCCAAAAGGUCGCCGUGGCACUGACCCUGCUGAUCCGGCGUUCACUGGUCCGGUCAUACUACCACACCCGUCAGUGUUGGAGGGACCCAUGAUGCCUUACGAGGCAAAGCAGCUCUCAAAGGGUGGUCUGUAUCUGCGUGUUGACAUGCCUGGUGUCCCUAGCGAGAGGUUCAUGGUGGCAGUGGACGGCGACGGUGUCGUCACCAUCAUGGGACGAGCUCCUGCGACCAUGCACGACACGAGUGGGCGUACUUACGUAGCCAAGGUCGCCAAUGUCCCUAGAGGCUAUGAUGGGGAUACCUAUGGCACGGCUCAAUCUCAUCACGAUUUUCCCCAUGGCACGGAUCCUAAUGAUCCCAACUUGACGGGUCCGAUAUUGAUUCCACACAUAUGUGUGGCCCAAGGAUCGCAGAUGCCUUAUGAGUCUAAGAGGCUCCAAAAUGGUGGUCUCUACGUGCGUGUAGACAUGCCGGGUGUUCCCAGUGACAACUUCACUGUAUCUGUCACGAAUGGGAGAGUGAAGGUGACUGGUGAAGCUCCUGCUCUUAGCCACGACUCAGCUGGCCGUUCCUACUCUGGUGACGUCGCUAUCCUCUCCACUCCUGUCGACCUUCCCGUCCGUAAGAUCAAGACCAUUGCCAAGAACGGUGUAAUUCGUUUGGUCAUCCCUCCCCUUUGAUGUGAAACUUUGUGUUUGGGUCUGUUAAGUCUGGUUUUCUAGAGUGGACCCUUUUUUCGGGAUAGUGUUGUUGUUUUAAGGAUGAUAUUUCGGUUUUAUGUUUUAGUACUUUGGUUGGAUAUGUCUCAACGA